CACGAAUCGAACGCGAUGUUUCGAUGAAACACGGGAAAAAUGGAGUGCCGAUCGAGCUCCCAAUCGUCCGAGCCCUUUUCGGAGGAAAUGGACGCCGGGUCCGCGAAGGAGAAGGCCGUUUCGAACCGCACAGUGCCCAAAUUCAAGAACAACUUCAAGGCGGGCUACAUGCCCGUCGAAAACACCAAGCCCGGAAUGAGGGGCAGGAAAACCUUCGCUUUUUGGACUUUGCUGGUGUUGCUGUUUAUAUUGGUGAUUGGAAAUUUGGUCCUUACCGUCACGAUUAUCGGUGUUUUAAAAUUAGGUCACGGUAUGCAAAGCAUAGAGCUGGUCCCGGAGAAACAGGCCAUAAAAUUCUUCGGCGAGGCGAACUUGGAUCAAGUGUACAAAAGAGACGGUAAAGUGGAGUCCUUCGGGGACGAGCCGAUGCGGAUAACCUCCUACCACAACUCCAUACAAUUGAAUCUAGUGAAGAACGGCCGGGGCUCGCUGAAAGCCAAGAUAGACCCCAACGAGACCUUCUUCAGGGGCGUGAAUUCCUUCGAGGUGAGAAACCACCAGGACGAGCUGAUCUUCACCGUCGACCAGCCGACGUACGCGAACCUAAAAAACGUGAAGAACAUGCGAACGAAGCACACGAGAACGAACAGAAUAAGGAGCCCCGUAGACGAGAAACUCACCGUCGAAGGGGACUCGAUUAAUCUGAAAGGAGCAGAAGGCACUAAUGUGUUCAGCAAGACCGUGAAAUGGCUGGCCGAUCAGGAUGUCCAUUUGAAAAGCAUCAACGGUUCGUUGGUGUUGCUGGGAAAGGAAGGGGUUUUCAUCGACGUGGACAGGAUACCGGUCGCUAAGUUGAACAAUAAUUACAUCACGUCGCAGUUUAAAAUUUGCGUGUGCAUGCCUUUGGGGAAAUUAUUCAGGAUACCGGUGGUGAAUCCUAACGAUAGAGUACUGUGCGAUCAUGUUAGCAUGGAGCCUCAAUACAAUCCUUGCAUUUAGACAAUAAUUAUUGCGAAUAUUAGAGAGUCGAUUUAUAGUGGUAGGAAAAUGUGUAAAAAUAAUAUUUUAAUUGCAUAUCGUUAAUUGUUUUGUUGUUCGAAUUGUUCAUACCUAAUUUGAUAUUAUUUCGUUAUGAAAUUAAGUUGAUGAGGUCCAUUUUGCAAUGUAUUUACAGCACAGAAUGUUUGUAUUUGACUGAUUAAUAAUGUAUUAGGUACCUAA